GAAACGAUUUUAUAGUUAUAACGUCAACAAGAAUGUUUCGCACACUUGUUAGACGUGCUGCCCAGCAGUCCCGGUUCGAGUUACCAUACGAUCCGAAUGCGAAUCCUUAUAAAGCGAAAAGACUGUGGCCUCCCGAUUUCUCGAAAUUAUCACAAAAGCAUCAAUUCCGACUUGAACGAAGAUACAAAAGGAGAACGAAGCUCAAGUGGGCGAGACCAGGAUGGACAAAAGCUGUUAAAGUCGCGCAAUUGAGCUCUAUUCUAUUUGUGAUAGUGUAUGGAGUACUCUUCGCGGAUUGGAAUAAGGACAACUUGGUUCAUGAGGGGGCACCAUUUCAAGGAGUUCGGGAUUGGUUUUUUGGACUUACAGGAUCACUGUGGUCAAAAGAUCAAGUUCGCAGACGUAUGGAUCAAGCCGAAGAUGUAUCACCUGUAGCAAAGAAUAGCAGUUGAAGCACAGGUCAUGUUUUCGAAGCAAUGAUGGAAUGUCGUGAUAUUGUAUAAUUUGUAGUAGUAUAUUCUUGGCGUGGAGGCGUUAAAUACCAAUGGGCUGGAAGUGUACAUGAGGCAUGAACCAGAAAUCUUUCCUCAAGAUAUCCUCUCUCUCUGUUCAGUUCUUCAUAGAUCUCGUUUACUCGAGGAUACUCUCUGUAACCAUGAAUUUUUAUAAUAUGUUGAGAGCA